AUGCGGCCAGCAAAUCAAGGUGACGACAUGCGUGGAUUGGGUUUUGGCUUUUUGCUGGCGUUUCAGACUUUCGCUAGGCUCGGCAGCAGCGGCGGCAGUAGUAGUAGAAGUCACUCUAGCGGCAGCAGUUCUGCUGGCUCCUAUAGCGGCAGCAGUUCUGCUGGCUCCUCUAUCGGUAGCAGUUCUGCUGGCUCCUCUAUCGGCAGCAGUUCUGCUGGCUUCUCUAGCGGCAGCAGUUCUGCUGGCUCCUCUAUCGGCAGCAGUUCUGCUGGCUCCUCUAUCGGCAGCAGUUCUGCUGGCUCCUCUAGCGGCAGCAGUUCAACUGGCUCCUCUAUCAGCAGCAGUUCUGCUGGCUCCUCUGUCAGCAGCAGUUCUGCUGGCUCCUCUAGCGGCAGCAGUUCUGCUGGCUUCUCUAUCGGCAGCAGUUCUGCUGGCUCCUCUAUCAGCAGCAGUUCUGCUGGCUCCUCUAGUGACAGCAGUUCUGCUGACUCCUCUAGUGACAGCAUUUCUGCUGGCUCCUCUAUCGGCAGCAGUUCUGCUGGCUCCUCUAUCAGCAGCAGUUCGGCUGGCUCCUCUAGUGGCAGCAGUUCUGCUGGCUCCUCUAGUGGCAGCAGUUCUGCUGACUCCGCUAGUGACAGCAGUUCUGCUGGCUCCUCUAUCAGCAGCAGUUCUGCUGGCUCCUCUAUCAGCAGCAGUUCUGCUGGCUCCUCUAUCAGCAGCAGUUCUGCUGGCUCCUCUAGUGACAGCAGUUCUGCUGGCUCCUCUAGCGGCAGCAGUUCUGCUGGCUCCUCUAUCGGCAGCAGUUCUGCUGGCUCCUCUAUCAGCAGCAGUUCGGCUGGCUCCUCUAGUGGCAGCAGUUCUGCUGGCUCCUCUAGUGGCAGCAGUUCUGCUGACUCCUCUAGUGACAGCAGUUCUGCUGGCUCCUCUAUCAGCAGCAGUUCUGCUGGCUCCUCUAUCAGCAGCAGUUCUGCUGGCUCCUCUAGUGACAGCAGUUCUGCUGGCUCCUCUAUCGGCAGCAGUUCUGCUGGCUCCUCUAUCAGCAGCAGUUCGGCUGGCUCCUCUAGUGGCAGCAGUUCUGCUGGCUCCUCUAGUGACAGCAGUUCUGCUGAGUCCUCUAGUGACAGCAGUUCUGCUGGCUCCUCUAUCAGGAGCAGUUCUGCUGGCUCCUCUAUCAGGAGCAGUUCUGCUGGCUCCUCUAGUGACAGCAGUUCUGCUGGCUCCUCUAGCGGCAGCAGCAGUAGUAGUAGUCACUCUAGCGGCAGCAGUAGUGGGGUGCAUGCGCCGGAAACAGUCUGCCACCCCCAGCCAAAUUUCGUUUCUGCGUAA